GGUGAGCCCAGCGGACCGAUCCUGAUGCCUGCAGUCAAACCACAGCUUCAUGGAGCUGUGCCAGCUUUCACCAUAUAAAGCAUGGACACUUCCAGCUGUCUGACAUUGAUGAGAGGUACUAGAACAACUGCAGCAUACAUUGAACAGGUUUCAUUUUUGAGGCUUCAAAAAUGGCCCGUCAAAUCCUGUGGCCUGUGCUGCUCCUGGGGAUGAUGAGUUCGGUGGAUCCUCAGACUGCAAGUCCCCUUUACCCAAUUAAUGGAACAGCAAGCUCUCGAUCAGAUGACGGAAGUUCACCUCGAAUUCCCCUGCAACGAACCUUUGUCUACUUUGGAACGUCAUAUAAUCAGAUUUAUGUGAACCACAAUGGACACCUGACCUUUAAUGCUUCAUGGAGUCAUUACACAGCUCAACGGUUUCCAUUACAUGGAUCCAGAGAUUUAAUUGCUCCAUUCUGGACAGAUUUGGAUAACAGAAGAAAUGGUCAGAUCUACUACAAACAGUAUACCAGUGGCAGUGUCCUCCAACAAGCUACACGGGACAUUAAUACCUACUUCCCAACACUGCGCUUUAAUGCCAACUGGGUCUUUGUUGCUACAUGGUAUGAGGUUGCCUACUAUUCAAAUACUGGCACACAAACCACAGUGCAAGCAGUCUUGAUCUCUGGCGGCAGUUACUCAUUUGUGUUGAUGAACUAUGGUCAAAUAGCAGCAACAGGCCGCAAUGUACAGGCUGGAUAUGACACAGUCGGUUCUGCUCACCAUCUCAGCAUGCCAGGAUCAUUCAAUGCAAAUGCAACAGGCAGUAGCUCAGUUUUCAGACUGAACAGCAACGUCAACGUAGCUGGUCGCUGGGCUUACCGGUUAGACCAUGGACAAAGAGGCUGCAGGUUUAAUGGUGAAUCUGUGCAGCUCGGAGACUCAUUCUGGAGUGACAGAACCUGCGCACAGAAAUGCACCUGCACCAGAGCAGGCGUGCAGUGUCACAGGCAACCCUGCUCCUUUUCACAAAUCUGCCGUCGGGCUUCAUUUAAGUUCUCCUGCCAGACAGUGCAGAGACGUACCUGCACCAUAAGUGGUGAUCCACAUUACUACACCUUCGAUGGGAAAGUGUUUCACUUUCAAGGUACCUGCACUUAUGUUCUCUCAGAACAAUGUGGACGUGGGCUGCCCUACUACCGAGUAGAGGGCAAGAACGAGCAUCGGGGCAGUACACGAGUCUCUUGGACACGACUGGUUAAAGUGUUCGUGAACAAUGAAACUAUCGAGCUUGUCAAAGGACAUCGUGGUGAGGCGAAGGUCAAUGGAAGUUAUACUGCUACUCCAUUCUCCCUUAGCAAUGGUUCUGUCCAGGUUUACCAGUCAGGUUUCUCUCUGGUCAUCAGUACUGACUUUGGCUUGGUGGUUUCUUACGAUGCAUAUCAUUAUGUCAGGAUCAGCGUACCCACCACUUACCACAACGCAACCUGUGGCUUAUGUGGAAACCUCAACAAUGACCCCAGGGAUGACUUUCAAACUCGUCAAGGGGAAAUUGUGAGCUCUGAUGUGGUAUUUGCCAACAGCUGGCAAGCACCAGGAGAUGAUGAGCGUGGAUGUGGGAUCCGAUGCAGAGGUCUGGACUGUGCUGCCUGCACUGAACAGCAGACAGCUUUAUACAGCAAUGCAGGCAAUUGUGGUAUCCUCCAGAUCAGGUCGGGACCUUUUGCUGCUUGCCAUGGACAGUUUCCCCCACAGACCUUUGUGGAGAAUUGUGUGUAUGAUCUCUGUGUAGGAGGAGGGUACCAGCCCAUUCUGUGUCAAGCCCUACAUGUUUAUGCAAGUCAGUGUCAGCAGAAUGGUAUCCGGCUGCAAAGCUGGAGGAGACCAGGAUUCUGUGAAAUUCCCUGCCCAGCCAACAGCCACUUUGAGUCCCAAGGCACAGGAUGUCCAGCUACCUGUGUCAAUCCCAAUUCCACGCACAACUGCCCUCUCCCUGCCCAGGAGAGCUGCAUCUGCGAUUCAGGCUACAUCCUCAGUGGUGGGGUCUGUGUCCCUCAUGCUAGCUGUGGCUGCAGCUUUGAGGGUCGUUACUACCGCUCUGGAGAAACUGUGAUACUAGACAAUAACUGUGGGAGACGUUGUAGCUGCAGUUAUGGCCGCAUGACAUGUCGCUCACAUAGUUGUAGUCCCCUUGAGUCAUGCAGGGUGGAGGAGGGACAAAGAGGGUGUAGACCUAACAGCUAUGCAACAUGCUGGAUAAGGGGACCAGGGUCAUAUCAAACAUUUGAUGGACUGAYGUACCAGUAUCCUGGGGCGUGUCGACUGACACUUGCUAAAGUGAUGGGAUUGUCUGCUCACACCCACUUUAUGGUGACAGCAGAAAAAGCACCCAGAGGCCACCGUGGGUUUGCCAGGUUGCUUAAGUUUGAGGCAGAGGGAACACAAGUCUCCAUUGAGAUGGCAAACAGCAGCACAGUUCAGGUGGACGGUCAGCAGAUCAGAUUACCUUUCAGCUCAGCAUCCAACCGAAUCCAAAUCUACCACAGCAGCAUUCACAGUAUCAUCAUUCGCACCUCCUUUGGUGUGACCGUGCAGACAGUCUGGCCUCACUUUGUGCGAGUCACUGCACCUGGUGUCUACAAUGGUUCACUGGGUGGACUCUGUGGUAACUACAAUGGUCACUCACAUGAUGACUUACGCACACCCAAUGGCAUUCUGGUCAACAGCUCCCAAGUCUUUGGAGACAGCUGGCGAGACGGCUCCCUCGCUGCCCAUUGUGUAGAGAGUGCAAAUAAUGAUUCUUCAACAAAUUACAAUUCCACUGAGUACUGUGGAAUCAUUGGCUCAAGAGAUGGCCCGUUUACCCAGUGUUGGGCCACAGUAGACCCAAGGCCGCAUGUGCAAGUCUGUAUGGAGAUCCUGGGAGCCUCUAGUGAUCCAGCAUCCACACUGUGUGAGGUCCUACGGGAUUAUGCACUAAUAUGUCAACAGAAGGGCGUAGCCCUGCGACACUGGAGGAACGCAACUGGCUGUGAGCAAACCUGCCCUAUUAACAGCCGUUAUGAGCUUUGUGAAACCGCUUGUCCCUCUACUUGCCCCAGCCUCUCUUUCCCAUUCACCUGUGACACUGUGUGCCAGGAGGGUUGCCAGUGUGAGGAUGGUUUUGUCCUCAACGGCAACCAGUGUGUGCCACCAACAUCCUGCGGAUGCCAUCACAAUGGACGCUAUCGGCAAGGUGGUGAACAGUUCUGGGACAGUGAAGAAUGUCAGAGCUCAUGUACCUGUAAUGGAACAACUGGGAUGGUGCACUGUAUUCCCAACUCCUGUGGUCCCCAGGAGUCCUGCCGUGUGGUGGGGGGUGAGUUUGGCUGCCAUCCCAACCCUCAUGGCACCUGCUCUGCCUCUGGAGACCCCCAUUACCUCACAUUUGAUCGCAAGGCCUACGACUUCCAGGGAACCUGCCGCUAUGUUCUAGCAACCCUUUGUAAUGACACUGAUGGACUUCACCAAUUUUCAGUUGAGGCUAAGAACGAGCCGUGGCAUGGGUUGCCAGUUUCAAUCACAGCUGAAGUUUUUGUGAAUGUAUUGGGUUACAGACUGCGUGUGUCCAGGCACAACAGAGGUGUGGUAGAGGUAAAUGGAAUAAUUAACAAUCUGCCAAUUCUGUUGAGUGGAAAUGUGUCUGUCUUUGCAAGUGGAUCACGCACAUUUAUCAAUGCUGAUUUUGGCCUCAGUGUCUCAUACGAUGGAUGGAGCACAGUGUACAUCUCUGUGCCAUCAAAUUACAGCGGAAAAACAUGUGGACUUUGUGGAAACUUUAAUGGAAAUCAAAGUGAUGACUUCCGCACCCCAUCUGGAGCUAUAGUCACCUCUCCAAAUCAGUUUGGAACAGCUUGGAAGGUGCCAGGAAACUACACCUGCAGUGAUGGCUGUGGUUCCUCCUGCCCUCGGUGUAUCAAUGAGGGCCCUGCUAGAGCUCAGUGUGAAGUCAUUCAAGCAGCGGACGGCCCCUUAAGCUUCUGCCAUGAGCAAGUGGACCCGGCACCAUAUUUCAACGACUGUGUGUUUGACGUUUGUGUGUCGGGAAGUGCGGGUCAAGAUCUUCUGUGCAGGGCCAUUCAAGCUUAUGUCAGUGCCUGUCAGUCUGCUAAUGUUCGAAUCUAUCCUUGGAGACAGAACACCACCUGCAGACUCAACUGUCCAGCUAACAGCCAUUAUGAGCUUUGUGGUACCGACUGUGGCCACACCUGUGCUAGCAGCAUUGAUGCCACCUGUGAUCAGGUUUGCUCUGAGGGAUGUUUCUGUGAUGAGGGGUUCCUCAGGAGUGGGGCGAGGUGUGUCCCGGUGGAAAGCUGUGGCUGCCAAUAUGACGGCUUCUACUAUAAUGCGGGUGAGUCCUUCUGGACAGACGGUUGCUCCCAGCGAUGUAGAUGUCAUGCUCCAAACGAUCUGCGCUGCUCUGCUGAAUCCUGCACACCUGCGCAAGAGUGCAUCAUCAGAAAUGGCAAACUGGGCUGCUUCGAUGCAAUGUCCACUUGCACCGUGUGGGGGGAUCCCCACUACAUCACAUUUGAUGGGGCACUGGCUCAUUUCCAGGGCACUUGCUCGUACAUCAUCUCUGAGAGUGUGGGCAACGGUACCAGUGGAACGCAAUUCCUAGUAGCUGCCACCAAUAAUCACCGUGGCAACAACCGCGUGUCAUUUGUGUCAGCAGUGGAUGUAUUCCUCUCAAACCAAACACAGAGAGUGAAUCUGAGGAUUGGACCGAACAAAAGAGUAACGGUAAAUGGAAGUGUGGUUUCUCUUCCAACCACCACAGGAGCUUUAGCUCAAAUUGUGAGGCAGGGAAGCUACAUAGUGGUCAAAGCCACCGACCUGGUGGUCCAGUUUGACGGCAGAAGUACCUUACUGGUCAGAGUUGGCCAAGACCAUCAAAACAAAGUGACUGGGAUGUGUGGAAAUUUCAACAAUGAUCCCGCAGAUGACAAAGUCACGCCCAAUGGUACCCUGGCACAAAAUGACAAUGCGUUUGGACACAGUUGGAAGGCACCUACAAGCCAAUCAGGAUGUGGAUCAACGGAUGAAUGGGACGAUGAUGGAUUGAACAACUGCAUCUAUAGGGAAGAAUAUUCUGAGCUGUGCAGCAUCAUCACCAACACCAGCGGCCCAUUCAGCGACUGUCACUUACACUCUGACCCUCAGCCAUUUUUCAGUUCCUGUGUCUAUGAUCUCUGCCUCUACACCCCAGCCAAUGGCAUGCUGUGUUCUGCCAUCUCAGCUUAUGAGAGAACCUGCUCGGUUUUGGGGUUGAACAUUUCUGAGUGGCGCCCGGCUUUGCAUUGUGCCACAUCCGACCCCUGUGAGGAGCUGAACUGCACAGAAUAUGAGUGGUGUGGUGAGAAGGACGGGGUUUACGGCUGCUUCUGUGAUGAACACCACCAUCGGCCCAAUAAUGAGAGCUAUGACUCGUCCAUCACUUGUGUCAGUAGUUCAGGCACCAUGUCCGUGUCCCGCUGUCAGCUCUUUGAAGCUGGCUUCCACUCUGACGCCCUCCAUCUCAAAGAGGAGUCCUGUAUCGGUACUCUACAGAAUGGCCGACUGGUGUUCGAGUUCAACAAUAACGAGCAGCUCUGCGGGACGGUUCUCAGGAGCAAUGGAAGCCAUUUCAUGUAUGAGAAUACCAUCCAGGGCGAUGUGGAUCCUCAUGAUGGACUAAUCAGCCGCCAGAGGAACAUCCAUCUGCGUUUCUGCUGUAUUUACCCUCUGACUCAGGCCGUGUCUAUGGAUGUGGGCAUUAAUCCUCUAGAGAGCGUUGUGAGGAAGAAGCUUCCAGUUGGCCAAGGGCAGUAUCAUAUGAGACUGAUCCCCUACCAGGACGCUGGCUUCCGCUUCCCCUUCACCAGCAACAGGACUCUUGAUGUGGAAAUUGACGAGAGAUUGUAUGUGGAGGUGCGAACAGAAGGAGUCGAUCAACGGCAGAUCUCCACUGUUGUGGACUCUUGUUGGGCAACGCCAGUCAACCUUGACACCUACCCUGUUCGCUGGGAUCUCAUCAGUGAAGAGUGUCCUAAUCAAGAGGAUGGGACAGUGGAGCUGGUUCAGAAUGGCAACUCCACUGUGGCUCGUUUCUCCUUCAGGAUGUUCACGUUUUCCAACUUUUCUUCCAUUUACCUGCACUGCCGAGUUCACCUGUGUCUUCUGAGACACAACAACUGCACAGCUCACUGCUACCCGGGUCACCACAGGCGAGUUGAGAGGGACGUAUCCUUCCAUGACACUUCAUUCCUGUCAGUAGGACCCCUACACCUGUUGGGAAAAAGAAAUGUUCAAGGCACAAUUGAAAGAGCCUGUGCCCCAGGCCAGCUGACUUCGCUGGUUACCCUGUUGAGCACUACUGUCCAAGCUGUGUUGAUCUCUGGAGGCCAGUACUCAUUUGUCAUGAUGAACUAUGGGAUAAUAGCCUCAACUUCGAAAUCUGUGCAGGCUGGCUAUGAUACAAUUAGCUCUGUUCACCAUUACACCAUUCCCGGGUCAUUCACUAGUGCCGCAACAGGCACUAACUCAAAUUUCCGCCUGAGCAGCAAUGUCAAUGUACCCGGGCGCUGGGCCUUCCGGUCAGACCAUGGAUCAAGAGGCUGCACUUUUAACGGUGAACCUGUGCAGCUUGGAGACUCAUUCUGGAGUGACAGAACCUGCGCACAGAAAUGCACCUGCACCUCAGCAGGGCUGCAGUGUCUCAGGCAACCCUGCUCCUUUUCACAAAUCUGCCGCCCAAGUGCCUUUCAGUUCUCCUGCCAGACGGUGCAGAAAGGCACCUGCACCGUAAGCGGUGAUCCACAUUAUUAUACUUUCGAUGGCAAAGUGUUUCACUUUCAAGGUACCUGCACUUAUGUUCUCUCAGAACAAUGUGGUCAUGGGCUGCCCUACUACCGAGUAGAGGCCAAGAACGAGCAUCGGGGCAGUACACGAGUCUCUUGGACACGACUGGUUAAAGUGUUCGUGAACAAUGAAACUAUUGAACUUGUCAAGGGACAUCGUGGUGAAGCCAAGAUUAAUGGAAAUUUUGCUGCCACUCCGCUCUACCUCAAUAACGGAACUGUCCAGGUUUACCAGUCAGGUUUUUCUGUAAUCGUCAGUACCGACUUUGGCUUGGAGGUUUCUUAUGACACAAGUUCUUUCGUCAGAAUCCGCAUUCCCUACACUUACCAGAAUGCAACCUGUGGCCUUUGUGGAAACUUCAACAAUAACACCAGGGAUGAUUUUCAAACUCGCCAAGGUGAAAUUGUGAGCUCUGAUGUGGUAUUUGCCAACAGCUGGCAAGCACCAGCAGAUGAUGAGCCUGGAUGCGAGGCACCAUGUGAAGGUCUGAACUGUGCUGCCUGCACUGAACAGCAGACAGCUUUAUACAGCAAUGCAGACCAUUGUGGUAUCCUCCAGAACAGGUCGGGACCUUUUGCCGCUUGCCAUCAACAAUUUCCCCCCCAGAAUUUCAUGGAGAGUUGUGUGUAUGAUCUCUGUGUAGGAGGAGGGUACCAGCCCAUUCUGUGUCAAGCCCUAAAUGUUUAUGCAAGUCAGUGUCAGCAGAAUGGUAUCCAGCUGCCAAACUGGAGGAGACCAGGAUUCUGUGAAAUUCCCUGCCCAGCCAACAGCCACUUUGAGUCCCAAGGCACAGGAUGUCCAGCUACCUGUGUCAAUCCCAAUUCCACGCACAACUGCCCUCUCCCUGCCCAGGAGAGCUGCAUCUGCGAUUCAGGCUACAUCCUCAGUGGUGGGGUCUGUGUCCCUCAUGCUAGCUGUGGCUGCAGCUUUGAGGGUCGUUACUACCGCUCUGGAGAAACUGUGAUACUAGACAAUAACUGUGGGAGACGUUGUAGCUGCAGUUAUGGCCGCAUGACAUGUCGCUCACAUAGUUGUAGUCCCCUUGAGUCAUGCAGGGUGGAGGAGGGACAAAGAGGGUGUAGACCUAACAGCUAUGCAACAUGCUGGAUAAGGGGACCAGGGUCAUAUCAAACAUUUGAUGGACUGAUGUACCAGUAUCCUGGGGCGUGUCGACUGACACUUGCUAAAGUGAUGGGAUUGUCUGCUCACACCCACUUUAUGGUGACAGCAGAAAAAGCACCCAGAGGCCACCGUGGGUUUGCCAGGUUGCUUAAGUUUGAGGCAGAGGGAACACAAGUCUCCAUUGAGAUGGCAAACAGCAGCACAGUUCAGGUGAACGGUCAGCGGAUCAGAUUACCUUUCAGCUCAGCAUCCAACCGAAUCCAAAUCUACCACAGCAGCAUUCACAGUAUCAUCAUUCGCACCUCCUUUGGUGUGACCGUGCAGACAGUCUGGCCUCACUUUGUGCGAGUCACUGCACCUGGUGUCUACAAUGGUUCACUGGGUGGACUCUGUGGUAACUACAAUGGUCACUCACAUGAUGACUUCCGCACACCCAAUGGCAUUCUGGUCAACAGCUCCCAAGUCUUUGGAGACAGCUGGCGAGACGGCUCCCUCGCUGCCCAUUGUGUAGAGAGUGCAAAUAAUGAUUCUUCAACAAAUUACAAUUCCACUGAGUACUGUGGAAUCAUUGGCUCAAGAGAUGGMCCGUUUACCCAGUGUUGGGCCACAGUAGACCCAAGGCCGCAUGUGCAAGUGUGUAUGGAGAUCCUGGGAGCCUCUAGUGAUCCAGCAUCCACACUGUGUGAGGUCCUACGGGAUUAUGCACUAAUAUGUCAACAGAAGGGCGUAGCCCUGCGACACUGGAGGAACGCAACUGGCUGUGAGCAAACCUGCCCUAUUAACAGCCGUUAUGAGCUUUGUGGAACCACUUGUCCCUUUACUUGCCCCAGCCUCUCUUUCCCAUUCACCUGUGACACUGUGUGCCAGGAGGGUUGCCAGUGUGAAGAUGGUUUUGUCCUCAACGGCAACCAGUGUGUGCCACCAACAUCCUGCGGAUGCCAUCACAAUGGACGCUAUCGGCAAGGUGGUGAACAGUUCUGGGACAGUGAAGAAUGUCAGAGCUUCUGUACCUGUAAUGGAACAACUGGGAUGGUGCACUGUAUUCCCAACUCCUGUGGUCCCCAGGAGUCCUGCCGUGUGGUGGGGGGUGAGUUUGGCUGCCAUCCCAACCCUCAUGGCACCUGCUCUGCCUCUGGAGACCCCCAUUACCUCACAUUUGAUCGCAAGGCCUACGACUUCCAGGGAACCUGCCGCUAUGUUCUAGCAACCCUUUGUAAUGACACUGAUGGACUUCACCAAUUUUCAGUUGAGGCUAAGAACGAGCCGUGGCAUGGGUUGCCAGUUUCAAUCAUAGCUGAAGUUUUUGUGAAUGUGUGGGGCUACCGAUUGCAUAUUUCAAGGGAAAGAAGGGGUGUGGUUCAAGUCAAUGGAAUUUCCAGAAACUUACCUAUUCUCUUAAAUGGAAGUAAUGUGUCGAUCUAUGCAAGUGGAUCUCGUGUAUUUGUCAAUGCUGAUUUUGGCCUGAGUGUCACUUAUGAUGGAUAUAGUACAGUGUUCAUCUCCGUACCUGCCAAUUACAGAGAAAAAACAUGUGGACUUUGUGGAAACUUCAAUGGAAAUCAAAGUGAUGACUUCCGCACCCCAUCUGGAGCUAUAGUCACCUCUCCAGAUGAGUUUGGAACAGCUUGGAAGGUGCCAGGAAACUACACCUGCAGUGAUGGCUGUGGUUCCUCCUGCCCUCAGUGUACCAAUGAUCUCCCUGCUAGAGCUCAGUGUGAAGUCAUUCAAGCCGCGGACGGCCCCUUAAGCUUCUGCCAUGAGCAAGUGGACCCGGUGCCAUAUUUCAACGACUGUGUGUUUGACGUUUGUGUGUCGGGAAAUGCGGGUCAAGAUCUUCUGUGCAGGGCCAUUCAGGCUUAUGUCAGUGCCUGUCAGUCUGCUAAUGUUCAAAUCUAUCCUUGGAGACAGAACACCACCUGCAGACUUAACUGUCCAGCUAACAGCCAUUAUGAGCUUUGUGGUACCGACUGUGGCCACACCUGUGCCAGCAGCAUUGAUGCUACCUGUGAGCAGGUUUGCUCCGAGGGAUGUUUCUGUGAUGAGGGUUUCCUCAGGAGUGGCGCGAGGUGUGUCCCUGUUGAAAGCUGUGGCUGCCAAUAUGACGGCUUCUACUAUGAUGCGGGUGAGUCCUUCUGGACAGACGGUUGUUCCCAGCGAUGUAGAUGUCAUGCUCCGAAUGAUCUGCGCUGCUCUGCUGCAUCUUGCACACCUGCACAAGAGUGCAUGAUCAGAAAUGGCCAGCUGGGCUGUUUCGAUGCAAUGUCCACUUGCACCGUGUGGGGGGAUCCCCACUACAUCACAUUUGAUGGGGCACUGGCUCAUUUCCAGGGCACUUGCUCGUACACCAUCUCUGAGAGUGUGGGCAACGGCACCAAUGAAACCCAGUUCCAGGUAGUAGCCACGAAUAAUCACCGUGGCAACAACUUUGUGUCCUUUGUAUCAACAGUGGAUAUAUACCUCUCAAAUCAACCAGAGAGUGCGUAUAUCAGGAUUGGACCCAACAAAAGAGUAAAAGUAAAUGGAAGUGUGGUUUCUCUUCCAACCACCACAGGAGCUUUAGCUCAAAUUGUGAGGCAGGGAAGCUACAUCGUGGUCAAAGCCACCGACCUGGUGGUCCAGUUUGAUGGCAAAAGUACCUUAUUGGUAAGAGUUGGCCAAGACCAUCAAAACAGAGUAACUGGGAUGUGUGGAAAUUUCAACAAUGAUCCUGCAGAUGACAAAGUCAUGCCCAAUGGCACCAUGGCACAAAAUGACAAUGAGUUUGGACACAGCUGGAAGGCACCUACAAGCCAAUCAGGAUGUGGAUCCACAGAUGAUGAAAACAGUGAUGGAUUGAAUAACUGUGCUUUCAUGGAGGAAUACACUGAGCUCUGCAGUAUCAUCACCAACACCAGCGGCCCAUUCAGCGACUGCCACCUGCACGCUGACCCCCAACCAUUCUUCACUUCCUGUGUUUAUGAUCUCUGUCUCUACACUCCAGCCAAUGGCAUACUGUGUUCUGCCAUCUCAGCCUAUGAGGGCACUUGCUCGGUGUUGGGGUUGAACAUCCCAGAGUGGCGCCCAGCUUUGCAAUGUUCUGAGUCAGACCCCUGUGAACAGCAGGACUGCUCAGAGCAUGAGUGGUGCGGUGAGAAGGAUGGAGUUUAUGGCUGCAUGUGUGACGAACACCACCAUCGGCCCAAUAAUGAGAGCUAUGACUCGUCCAUCACUUGUGUCAGUAGUUCAGCCAACAUGUCCCUGUCCCGCUGCCAGCUGUUUGAAGCUGGCUUCCAUCCUAGUGCUCUUCACCUGCGGGAUGACUCCUGCAAUGGUUCUCUCCAGGAUGGACGACUGAUGUUCCACUUCGAUAAUGAUGAGCAGCUGUGUGGGACAGUCCUUAGGAGCAAUGGGACACAUUUCAUCUAUGAGAACACCGUUCAAGGCGAUGUCGACCCUCAUGAGGGCCUCAUUAGCCGUGAGAAGAGUAUUCACCUGCACUUCUCCUGUGAAUAUCCUCUGGCCCAGGCCCUGUCUAUGGAUGUGGGAAUCAACCCAAUGGAGAGCAUUGUGAACAAGAGGCUUCCAUCUGGCCAAGGUCGCUAUCACUUGAGGAUGAUCCCCUAUGAGGACCCUGGCUUCCGCUUCCCCCUGACGAGAAGCAGAAAUCUAGAGAUGGAAAUAGAUCAGAGGUUGUACAUCGAGGUGCAGACUAUGGGAGUUGAUGAUCGGCAGAUCUCCACCAUUCUGGACUCGUGCUGGGCAACGCCUUUCAAUGAUGCCAGCUACCCUGUCCGCUGGAAUCUCAUUAGUGAAGAGUGUCCUAAUAAAGAGGAUGGUACAGUAGAGCUGGUCCAGAACGGUAUCUCCACUGUCGCCCGCUUCUCCUUCAGGAUGUUCACUUUUACCAACUUUUCAUCCAUCUACCUGCACUGCAAGGUCCAUCUGUGUCUUCAGAGACACAACAACUGCACAGCUCAUUGCUACCCUGGUUUUCACACAAGAGUAGCGAGGGAUAUUUCUCACCAUGACAGUGCAGCAAUCUCACUCGGACCACUAUUCCAAAAAACAGAUGAAAUGAGACAGAGCAGUGCUGCAGGACAACUGACCUCCGUGGUGACUCUGCUGGUCAGUUUACUGACUGCUAAAACUCUGACUUAGGGAAACUCAAUGA